AGUUCAAAAAUGGCGACUACCGCUAAUUACGCUUUCUCUUCUGAUGGUGAAUAUUUUGCUUAUUGUGGAAAUGAUGGAAAGUUGAAAAUUUGGGACACUGGCACUGGUCGUUUGAAACAAGAAUAUGUUUCUAAUUUUCACCUUUCUUCUCCAUGUUGUGUUUUGACAUGGCUUUACGUCAGUUCUCAAUCAACACAUACAUCGCCUUCACCAUGGAAAAAACGCAGAAAGAAGUCAAUUUCAGAAGAAUCCAAACCAAAAGGAAUUAUUGCAAUGGGUUCCACAAAUGGAAAAGUUACACUUUAUGAUACAGCAACAUCUUCAGUUACUGCACAAUUAAGUGGUCACUCUAGUGUAGUUACUGCAGUCACUUGGUCUGAAAAUGUGGGCUUAUUCACAGCAGCAAAUGAUUAUCAUAUUAUUCAAUGGAACCUUCAAGAAAAUGGAGUAAAGUGUAAAUGGAAGUCAGGAAAAGUGACAACAACAUCUUUAGCAGUUUCAGCAGAUGGAAAGUGUUUGUUGUCAGGAGAAAGGGUUAUCAAGUGGUGGGAUUUAAAUACUAAACAAUUAAUUAAGACAUUUACCGGCCAUGCUAAUCAAGUGACAUGUCUUUGUAUUGUUAAUAUGACAUCAGAUAAUAAUUAUGUUAUUAGUGGAGCUUGUGGUGAUGGUUGCCUCAAUGUUUGGGCAUUAGAUAAACAAGGAAAGGAAAGAACUCCUGUGGUGAGCUUAGCCCUACAGGAUGAUCCAAUAAGUGUUUCUACAAAUAUCACAGAAAAUUCUCAAGUGAUGGUACUGGUAGUAACUAGGUCUGGACAAGCACAUUUAUUUCAAUAUCAACCAAAUGCUCGAUCAAAACCUUUGAAGCCCAGUUUAAAUAUUGCAGUUGCUUCUGAUAUAAGUCAAAAAGAUAGUGUUCAGCAAGUUUCUAUCUUAGUUGCAAAGUUAACAGAAGACGAAAAACUGCUAUUAGCAUAUGGAACAUACCUUAAUCCUAUAUUUGAAAAAGUGACCCCAGAUUUUUCUGAUAAGGUACAAUGUCUAGUGCGUUCAGAGUAUAAGAGAAAUAAAGACAGAAAAGAAGAAAUUUCUAAAGUGAAGUCCACUCUAAUUGAAGAUAAUGUAGAAUAUCUUGCACCAGGAAUUAUUGAAACUACACCAAAAAGAACUAAAAGCAGUUCUGGAUCACAAUUAUUACUGAAGGAUAGAUUAGAAAAUCUGAGCCUAAAUGCUGAAACCAAUCCUACUGGAAAAACUGCAACUGCAGGUAGCAAUAGGAUACAACUACUGAUACAAGGCUUGAACAGUAAAGAUAAAGCUAUUUUGAGCACUAUUUUCCUCACAAAAAAUGAAUCUAUUAUUAGGAAUACCAUUUCCAAGCUGCCAAUACAGGCAAUUGGACCACUUCUUAAAGAACUCACCAUCCUACUCCAGGGUAAAACUUACACAAGUAAAAUUGCCAUUCGAUGGUUAGAAGAACUAUUGACAGCGCAUGCUGGACAUUUUUUGUCGCAAGCAGAUCUUGUGGAGUUAUUUGGACCAAUUCUGAGUUUAAUAGAUGCCAAACUAACUCUCUUAACAGAGCUCUCAAAACUUAAAGGUCGGGUAUCUCUUGUUACUGGUCAAAUUUCUCAAACAGUUGAAGAACUCGACAAGGACGUAACCGAAAAUUGUCUUGUUUAUCAAGAUUCAGAUUCAUCAGAUGAAGGUGAUGGUCUUGAAGACGAAGAUUUAGAAAGUGAACCUGAUGAAAACUGGGAUGAAAUGACAAAUGAAGAGGAAGACCAAGACAAAGAUGAUCAAGAAGAGCAGAAUGAUGAGGAUGUCAGAAAUACGAAUUCUGAUGGUACAGAUGAAGAUUCUACAUUCAGUUGA